CAGAGGAGGAGGUUUGGAGAGAAAAACGCACGAAGCCAUUUGCGCGUUCUUCUUUUUACGCAGCGGGUCAAGGAGACACAACAUACGCGUGGGGAGGGACGCACACGCACGGCACGACCCGGAGACAGAGCGCUUUGUUCGGACUGUUUUGGAGCGAGGAGAGUUGGCACGGAGCGACUAGACACGGACCGAGAGCGCACGGCGACAGGAGGCGCGCCACAUUACGCACAGGGAGGAGGGAGCGAUCCAAAACUCCACCCCGAGCCCAAAAACUCACAGCGAACCAAGAGCCACCAGAGCGCAUAAAAAUGAGCAGUCCACACCCACGACUGAACCAGAGCAGCUCGCCCGCUCCCAACGCCAGCUCCCCGGAGAAAGACGCCGAGAUGCCCGCUACGGAGAAAGACCUGGCCGAGGACGCGCCAUGGAAGAAAAUCCAGCAGAAUACCUUCACCCGAUGGUGUAACGAGCACCUCAAAUGCGUCAACAAGCGCAUCGGGAAUCUCCAAACGGAUCUGAGCGACGGGCUGCGGCUCAUCGGGCUCCUGGAAGUUCUGUCGCAGAAAAAGAUGUUCCGAAAGUACAACCAAAGGCCCACGUUCCGCCAGAUGCAACUGGAGAACGUGUCCGUGGCGCUGGAGUUUCUGGAUAAGGAGAAUAUAAAGCUGGUGUCAAUCGACUCCAAGGCCAUAGUGGAUGGAAACCUGAAGCUGAUCCUGGGUCUGAUCUGGACGCUCAUUCUGCAUUACUCCAUCUCGAUGCCGAUGUGGGAUGAGGAAGAGGAGGCUGAUGAAGGGCGACAGAAGACCCCCAAACAGAGGCUCCUGGGCUGGAUCCAGAACAAACUGCCCGAGCUUCCCAUCACCAACUUCAGCAAAGACUGGCAGACGGGGCAGGCUCUGGGGGCCCUGGUCGACAGCUGUGCCCCAGGCCUGUGUCCGGACUGGGACUGUUGGGACCAGACCAAACCAGUGGAGAACGCUCGUGAGGCCAUGCAGCAGGCCGACGACUGGCUGGGCAUCCCUCAGGUGAUCACUCCAGAGGAAAUCGUGGACCCCAACGUGGACGAGCACUCGGUCAUGACGUAUCUGUCCCAGUUUCCAAAAGCCAAACUGAAGCCUGGAGCCCCUCUCAGACCCAAACUCACCCCAAGAAGGCCCGCGCCUACGGACCAGGGUAUUGAGCCAGUGGGAAACGUUGUGAUGAAGAAGGCGACUUUCACAGUAGAGACCAUUAGCGCGGGGAUGGGGGAAGUCCUGGUUUAUGUGGAGGACCCAGCCGGCCACAGGGAGGAGGCUAAAGUCACGGCUAACAAUGAGAACCGAACUUACUCUGUGGUCUACACCCCCAAAGUCCAGGGCAUGCACAAGGUGACAGUGCUGUUCGCAGGGCAGCACAUUUCAAAGAGUCCGUUUGAGGUGGAGAUCGGGAUGGCACAGGGCGACUCAAGUAAAGCCACAGCUCAGGGACCAGGCCUGGAACCAUCUGGCAACAUUGCCAACAAGACCACGUACUUCGAUGUGUACACUGCAGGAGCUGGUGUGGGGGAGGUGGAGGUGGUCAUCAUGGACCCUCUGGGGAAGAAGAACACUGUACCCUGCACCAUCGAAGACAAAGGAAACAGUAGCUACCGCUGCACUUACAAACCCACCCAGGAGGGGGCGCACACCAUCUACGUCACCUUCGCCGGGGGCCAGAUCAGCAAGAGCCCGUUCACAGUCACCGUGGGAGAGGCGUGUAACCCGAGUUUGUGCAAGGCCAAAGGUCGCGGUCUGCAGCCUAAAGGUCUCAGGGUCAAAGAGACGGCAGAUUUCAGAGUGUACACCAAAGGAGCUGGAACCGGAGAGCUCAAAGUGUCCAUCAAAGGCCCCAAGGGGCUGGAGGAGCCAUGUAAGAGGAAGGACCUGGGAGACGGAGUUUAUGGGUUUGAAUAUUUCCCCUCCACUCCAGGGACCUACAUCAUCACCAUCACCUGGGGAGGGCAGCACAUCCCACGCAGUCCGAUCGAGGUGAAGAUCGGAGCAGAGGCCGGUCAACAGAAGGUCCGAGCCUGGGGUCCUGGUCUGGAGGGGGGAGUCGUGGGGAAGUCUGCGGACUUUGUGGUGGAGGCUGUGGGAGACAACGUUGGAACUCUGGGCUUCUCGGUGGAGGGCCCAUCUCAGGCUAAGAUCGAGUGCGACGACAAAGGCGACGGGUCAUGUGAUGUGCGGUACUGGCCCACAGAGGCAGGGGAGUACGCCGUGCACGUGCUCUGCAACAACGAGGACAUCCAACACUCGCCCUUCAUGGCCGAGAUCGUGAACCCGCCCGGGAAAGACUUCUACCCAGACAAGGUGAAGGCGUAUGGUCCUGGUCUGCAGAGCAACGGUCUGGCUGUUGGAAAACCCACAGAGUUCACUGUCGAUGCCAAACAGGGAGGAAAGGCUCCUCUCAAGAUCACAGCACAGGAUGGAGAUGGAAACCCAGUGGACGUGCAGGUCAAAGACAAUGGAAACGGCACUUACUCCUGCUCCUACACACCACGAAAGCCAGUCAAACACACAGUGAUGGUUUCCUGGGGAGGGGUCAACAUCCCAGAGAGUCCAUUUAGGAUGAACAUAGGAGCUGGCUGCCAUCCAAACAAAGUGAAGGUUUCUGGUCCUGGAGUUUCAAAGACUGGUCUGAAAGCGUUUGAGCCGACAUAUUUCACAGUGGACUGUGCAGAGGCAGGACAAGGAGACAUCAGUAUUGGUAUAAAGUGCGCUCCUGGCGUGGUGGGUCCGGCUGAGGCCGACAUAGACUUUGACAUCAUCAGAAACGACAACGACACAUUCACUGUCAAAUACACUCCACCUGGAGCCGGGAGCUACACCAUCAUGGUGCUGUUCGCUGAUCAGGCCAUCCCCAUGACUCCCAUCAGAGUCAAAGUGGAUCCAACUCACGACGCCUCUAAAGUCAAAGCAGAGGGACCCGGACUCAGCCGCAACGGUGUGGAGCUGAACAAACCCACUCACUUCACUGUGAACACCAAAGGAGCCGGAAAGGCCAAUCUGGACUGUGCCUUCACUGGGCCCAUUAAGGGAGAGCUAGUGAAGGACUACGAGAUCAUCAACAACCAUGACAACACACACACAGUGAAAUAUACGCCAGUGCACCAGGGCCCACUAGGUGUCGCUGUGACAUACGGAGGAGACCACAUCCCUAAGAGUCCCUUUAACGUCGCCGUGGCUCCUUCUGUGGACCUCAGCAAAAUCAGCGUCACUGGCCUCGGAGACAAGAUGACUGUGGGUAAAGAUAAGGACGUGACAGUGAAGUCCAAAGGAGCAGGAGGUCAGGGCAAAGUGGCAGCCAAAGUGACCGGACCCUCUGGAAAACCCAUCGCCAGCAAGGUGGAGCCGGGUCUGAGCCCAGAGACGUCUCAUGUGAAGUUCAUCCCCAGAGAGGCCGGACCGUACCAGGUCGAACUCACCUACGACGGAGUGCCCAUCCCCGGGUCCCCAUUCACCCCCACCGCCUACCCUGCCACCGACCCCUCCAAGGUGCGUUGCUCAGGUCCAGGUCUGGAGCGCGCCAAAGUUGGGGAGACAGGGGAGUUCAUCGUUGACUGUACCAACGCAGGACCGGCUGAACUCACCAUUGAGAUCAUUUCUGACAGUGGCACAGAGGCGGAGGUUCACAUCCAGGACAAUGGAGACGGCACCUACACCAUCACAUACAUCCCACUGUACCCGGGCUCCUACACGCUCACCAUCCGUUAUGGAGGCCAGGAUGUGCCAAACUUCCCUGCACGCCUCACCGUAGAGCCGGCUGUGGACGCCAGCGGAGUCAGGGUGUUUGGGCCUGGAGUGGAGGGCAAAGGCGUGUACCGCGAGGCGACCACAGACUUCACCGUUGAUGCUCGGGCUCUGACCAAAACCGGAGGAGACCACAUAAAGGCCGUAAUCACAAACCCAUCUGGAGCCUGCACCGAAGCGCUGAUCUCAGACCGAGGAGACGGCACCUACAGCGUGGAGUACACUCCCUACGAGGAGGGCCCUCACAGUGUGGAGGUGUGUUACGAUGGCUCUCCGGUCCCUCAGAGCCCCUUCAGAGUCGUAGUGACCGAAGGCUGUGACCCGACCCGAGUCAGAGUCCAUGGACCAGGACUCAAGUCUGGGAUCACCAACAAACCCAACAAGUUCACCGUGGAAACCAGAGGAGCUGGCACUGGGGGUCUGGGUCUGGCCAUGGAGGGUCCCUCUGAGGCGAAAAUGUCCUGUACCGACAACAAGGACGGCAGCUGCAGCGUGGAGUACAUCCCCUAUGAACCAGGAACAUAUAAUCUGAACAUCACCUACGACAGACAGCCAAUCACAGGAAGUCCAUUCUCUGUCCCAGUCAGCGACACCGUGGACAGUUCAAAGGUCAAAUGUCAAGGCGCUGGACUCGGAACCAACGUCAGAGCUAACAUCCCCCAAACAUUUACCGUGGACGCGUCUAAGGCCGGAAUCGCACCACUGCAGGUCCGAGUGCAAGGACCCAAAGGUGUGGUGGAGCCAGUGGAGAUCGUGGAUAAUGGAGACCAGACUCAUUCAGUGAACUAUGUCCCAACCAGAGAGGGACCUUACUCCAUCAACGUACUGUAUGCAGAUGAGGAGAUCCCACGCAGCCCAUACAAAGUGAAGGUUCUGCCGACUCAUGAUGCCAGUAAAGUCAAGUGCAGUGGUCCAGGUCUGAACACUACGGGGGUCCCAGCCUCUCUGCCCGUCGAGUUCACCAUCGACGCCAAAGAUGCUGGAGAGGGACUGCUGGCUGUGCAGAUCACUGACCCAGAGGGGAAGCCCAAAAAGGCAGAGAUCAGAGACAACCACGACGGCACGUAUCUGGUCUCAUACGUGCCGGACAUGACCGGACGUUACACCAUCCUCAUUAAAUACGGAGGAGACGAGAUCCCGUAUUCUCCCUACCGGAUCCGCGCCCUGCCCACUGGCGACGCCAGCAAGUGCAUGGUCACAGUGUCAAUCGGAGGUCACGGUUUAGGGGCAGGAGUCGGCCCGACCAUCCAGAUCGGCGAGCAGACGGUGAUCACGGUGGACGCCAAGGCCGCGGGCAAAGGGAAGGUCACCUGUAGCGUGUUCACACCGGAGGGCGCCGAGCUGGACGUUGACGUGGUGGAGAACGAGGACGGGACAUUCGACAUCUUCUACACAGCGCCACAGCCUGGAGAGUACGUGAUCUGCGUGCGCUUCGGGGGAGAGCACAUUCCCAACAGUCCCUUCCAAGUCACGGCACUGGAGGGAGCGCCGUCUGACCCUCUUCUUCAGCAGAACCAAAUCCCCCAGUACUACGCUCAGCAACCCUGGGCAACCGACCGCCCAAUGGGGAUGAAUGGGAUGGACGUGGCUGGACUCAGGCCGUUCGAUCUGGUCAUUCCUUUCACCAUCCAGAAGGGGGAGAUCACAGGCGAGGUCAGGAUGCCGUCCGGUAAAGUGGCCAAACCCGAGAUCUUGGACAACAAAGAUGGAACGGUGACAGUGAAGUAUGCUCCCGUAGAGGCUGGACUGCACGAGAUGGACAUCAAGUACGACGGAAUCCACAUCCCAGGGAGCCCGCUGCAGUUCUUUGUGGAUUACAUGAACAGUGGGAACGUCAGUGCCUACGGACCAGGCCUGAUCCAUGGAACAGUUAACAAACCGGCCGUGUUCACAGUGGACACGAAAGACGCUGGAGAGGGAGGCCUGUCUCUGGCUGUGGAGGGUCCAUCUAAAGCUGACAUCAGCUGUGUGGACAAUCAGGACGGUACCUGUACUGUGUCCUACCUCCCUGUCCUGCCCGGAGACUACAACAUCCUGGUCAAAUACAACGACAAGCACAUCCCCGGGAGCCCAUUCGCCGCCAGGAUCACCGGCGAUGACUCUAUGCGCAUGUCCCAGCUGAAGGUGGGCUCGGCAGCAGACAUCCCUCUGGACAUUGGGGAGCUGGACCUGAGUCAGCUGACCGCGUCUCUGACCACGCCCUCUGGCCGAGAGGAGCCCUGCCUCCUCAAGAUGCUGCGCAAUGGACACGUCGGAAUCUCAUUUGUGCCAAAGGAGAUUGGGGAGCAUCUGGUGAACAUCAAGAAGAACGGACGCCACAUUCCCAGCAGCCCCAUCGCCGUGACAAUUAAGGCAUCCGAAAUCGGAGACGCGACUCGUGUGCGGGUCACUGGACAGGGCCUGAGCGAGGCCAGGACAUUUGAGCCUGCCGAGUUCAUCAUCGACACCACAGACGCUGGUUAUGGAGGCCUGAGCUUGUCCAUCGAAGGCCCCAGUAAAGUGGACAUCAACACAGAGGACCAGGAGGACGGCACCUGUAAAGUGACCUACUGCCCCACAGAGCCCGGCAAUUACAUCAUCAACAUCAAGUUCGCUGACCAGCACGUCCCAGGCAGCGCAUUCACAGUGAAGGUCACCGGAGAGGGGAGGAUGAAGGAGAGCAUCACCAGAAAGAGGAGAGCUGCUUCUGUGGCCAACGUGGGGAGCCAGUGCGACCUGAGCCUCAAGAUCCCAGAGAUCAGUAUUGCAGACAUGACGGCCCAGGUGACAAGCCCCUCAGGUCAGAUCCACAAAGCCGAGAUCAUGGAGGGGGAGAAUAACACGUACUGCAUCCGCUUCGUCCCCACGGAAACCGGCAUCCACACUGUGUCUGUCAAAUACAACGGAGCCCACGUUCCCGGGAGCCCAUUCCAGUUCACUGUGGGGCCCCUGGGAGAAGGAGGGGCCCAUAAAGUCAGAGCGGGAGGGCCCGGGUUGGAGAGGGCUGAGGCUGGAGUACCAGCCGAGUUCAGUAUCUGGACCAGAGAGGCAGGAGCCGGAGGUCUGAGCAUUGCGGUGGAGGGUCCAAGUAAAGCAGAGAUCUCAUUUGAGGACAGAAAGGACGGGUCUAGCGGAGUGUCCUACGUUGUACAGGAGCCUGGAGACUACGAGGUGUCCAUCCGCUUUAAUGAUGAGCACAUUCCCGACAGUCCCUUCGUCGUUCCAGUCUCCUCCCCCUCAGAUGAUGCUCGCAGACUCACUGUUGCCAGUCUUCAGGAGUCUGGUCUGAAGGUGAACCAGCCUGCGUCCUUCGCUGUGAGUCUGAACGGAGCUAAAGGAGUGAUUGACGCCAAGGUCCACAGCCCCUCUGGAGCUCUGGAAGACUGCGCCGUCACUGAGAUAGACCAAGAUAAGUACGCAGUGCGGUUCAUCCCCAGAGAGAACGGCUUGUACCUGAUCGACGUCAAGUUUAACGGCAGCCACAUCCCGGGAAGUCCUUUUAAGAUCCGAGUGGGAGAGACCGGACAGGCUGGAGACCCGGGAAUGGUGUCCGCUUAUGGGCCCGGACUGGAGGGAGGAACCACCGGCACGGCGUGUGAGUUUGUUGUGAACACGUGUAAGGCCGGCUCUGGGGCUUUAGCAGUGACCAUAGAUGGACCGUCGAAGGUGAAGAUGGACUGUGUGGAGUGCACUGAGGGGUACAGGGUCACCUACACCCCCAUGGCCCCCGGGAACUACCUGAUCUCCAUCAAAUACGGGGGUCCAUAUCACAUCGUAGGCAGCCCCUUCAAGGCCAAGAUCACCGGUUCUAAGUUGGUGUCGAGCCACAGUAUGCACGAGACGUCCUCUGUGAUGGUGGACCCCCUGACCCGCUCCAUCAGCUGCUCCCAGGCUCCGCCCACUUCCUCCGACGCCAGCCGAGUGGUGGCUAAAGGGCAGGGCCUGACCAAGGGCUUCAUCGGGCAGAAGAACAGCUUCAGUGUGGACUGCAGCAAAGCCGGUCGUAAUAUGCUGCUGGUCGGAGUGGACGGUCCCAAAGUUCCUUGUGAGGAGAUCUUAGUGAAACAUUUGGGAAACCGCGUGUACAACGUGAGCUACCAGCUAAAGGAAAAGGGGGAGUACAUCCUGGUCAUAAAGUGGGGGGACGAGCACAUCCCCGGGAGCCCCUAUCGCAUCGUGGUCUAAACGUACACUCCAAAACUACACUCCAAAACGACAUACCACUGUUUAAAAUACCAUGUUUACAACGUCAACAGGUCCCGCCCCUUUAACCCAAUGUACCAAGUCGAUUUCUCACUAUUUAACUACAUAAAAAUCACACUUCCGGCUUCUUCAAUAUCAGUGGAUUUUAAAUACAGCUACAAAGAUGAACAUGCAUAACCUGUCUGAGAACCAUGCACCUUUUAAUUAUUUUAAAUGUAAUUUUUACAAACACUGCACCUGCAAAAUAAGAUUAUAUCAAAUGACUUGAAUUCAGAAUUUUAACCGGGUUUAAAAUGAGAAAAUUGUGUUCAGUGGGGUAGCAGAGGUUUGUUAUUGUAAUGUGCUUGGCAGAAAUCCAAAUCUUACAUAAACGAGGUAUAAAGACUAAAUAUUCCCAGAAAUUAUUAUCUGAAAUUAAGAUUACAAUUGUGAAUUCAACUCAUUUUAGCUGUAAUCUGUUUUUGCAGUGUUUUAAAUGUGUUUCUAUGUACAGUAGCUUCAUGGACACAUUUAAACUGUCUUAACUGAGUCAGGCUUUUUAAAUAAAGGGUUACUUACCGUUUUGCACUGGAAAUAAAAAUAAAAAUCAACAAAACAUUAAAAUUUCAAGUUUAGAGUUUGAGUUUUCAAUACAAAAUUCAUAGUUUUAAGAGUUUAGUUUGAGCGCUUGAAAAAUGUAGUUUAUGCUCUUAAAGUGACAGUGUUUACCUGCUGAUAGUGUUCUGUAAGGAUACACUGCAAAGAAAACAACACAAGUCAAAAUUACUUAAAUUUGGGGUCGAAUUUUGAGAAGCUUUAACUAGAUCCAUUGUGUUGCACGUUAAGACGCACUGAAUUAACAUUUAAAAGCAGUUAUGGCUAGUUUCAAGCUAUAUUUUUUUCUAUUUGCUAGCUAAAAUAAUUGAAUAAAAACUUGGGUGUAAGAAUUUUGUUUCUCAUUUCAAGCUUGAUCAUUUUGGUUUAAAUGAGUAAAAAUGCAUUGAAACUGGUCCAAACUCUAUUAAAAAAAAAAAAGCACUAACAUACCCAAAUAAAGAUUUUGACUUUUGCAGAUGCUGAUUUCUUGCAGUGUACAUGAAAAAUGGCCACCACUUUGUCCCACUGUUACAUCGUAUUCACACCAUAACGUUUCUGCUAUUUGAAAAAUCUUGUUAUGUUAACGUUUUGUGCCAGUAACAGCACUGCAUGCACACGAGGCUGUCCCCACACUCCUUAUACUUCUAAUUAAAAUGUGUUUGUAAACUUGCAACUUGAAAUUCCAAUGUCUUAAAAGGGAAUUGUUUGAAAGUUUUGCUGGAAAAACGAAUGUUACGAUUUGAGGACGAAGAUUCUGUAGUUUUGGCUUAGUUUUUCCGUCCCAGUAUUUUGAGUUUCACCCCCUCUCCUCCGUUCUUCUAACUCGCUGUGUGCCUUAUGUUUUUGAAAAUGAAAUGAUCUUGUCCUGAUAAAAGGCUUUAAACGUGUUUAAGACAGUAUUUUGAUACACAAUAAAGUUAAGUAUUUUCUGUCAAGUUUGUGGAGUUUUCAUAUUUAUCAAGUUUAAGACUUUUCAAAUGAAUGUGCUGUAUUAAAGAGGGGGUAUGUGACUUUUGUGGAGUGUUAAAGAGGGGCAUUUGAUUUCUAUGGGGUAUUAAAGAGGGGGGCAUUUCAAAGAGCCGUUCAAAAGACUGGCUCUACUGUUUAUUCAUAUGACAGAAGCCAAAGUGAGAACUCAUUUUAUCUACAAACUAACUACAGAGAGAAACAACCGAGACUAAGAUGUGUUUAAAAUGGUUCAAACUGAAAGCAGAAGUGUUAUGUUAAAUAAAUAAAACAUUUCACUACAAUAAUAAAU